AAAAUGCAGGAGCAAAGAAAAGCGACUACGGCCGUAACCGAAAAACAACCAUAUAUGGAAAUCAUUAAGAAAGCUUUCCCGCAAUUGUACAACGUAUUUUUCAUUUUCUUCGUUACCCUAGCUACUUUUCCAGCUGUUCAAGCAGAUAUUAAAAAGAGCAGUCCAAACUUUUUCAUUCAAAAUGGCGAAAUAUAUCGACAAAUUCUAUGUUUCCUUACGUUCAAUAUUUUUGCUAUGAUUGGAAGCAUUUUGCCUUCAUAUUAUAUAUGGCCCAAAAAAGAAUAUCUGUGGAUCCCUGUAACGUUGAGAUUCCUUUAUAUACCACUGUACCUGUUUUGCAAUUACCAGCCGAUAGGAAUUCAGAGGAUUUUACCAGUUGGCAUAGACAACGACUAUGUCUAUUGGUUUAUAGCAGCCACAAUGGCACUUACCAGUGGUUAUUUCAGUUCAAUAGCAAUGAUGUACGCUCCUAGCACCGUUCCGGAACAUCAAGCAUCCAUAGCGGGAAUGUUCGCGGGAGCCGCCCUCAUAACAGGAAUCUUCUCAGGAAUCCUGAUAUCGUUCCUAUGGCCUUGGCUGGUCAGCCAUGUCGGUUACUAACAAAAGUGCGAGGUGUAUGGCACAGAACUGGAAUUCUCCAUAAAAUUCCGAUAAUACAGGAUAGCGUUCUGGCCAUAUACCAUUAGUCCAUUGUUAUUGUUAAGAGGGGUAGUUAACCCCUUCUCGACACAAUCAUUGUUCUUCCACAGAAGUAGAUUCAAAU